AUGACUGAAGAGUCCGCUGUUAAAGUCUGUGUUCGAGUCCGUCCGCUCAUUGAGAGGGAGGAAAGUGCUGCAUUGGAGGAUACUAAGCCUGUCCAGCUGUUUUGGAAAGCUGAUGAGAAAUCAAUUCAUCAGAUUGAUGAUGGGAACUCGACCAAAAGCUUUAGUUUUGACAGAGUGUUCAUUGCUGAGGAAACAACCAGUCAGCUGUACCAGGACAUUGCAAAGCCUUUGGUUGUUUCAACAGUGGAGGGAUACAAUGGAACCAUAUUUGCUUACGGGCAGACGUCCUCUGGAAAGACUUUCACCAUGAUGGGGAGUGACCAUAUUCCAGGAGUGAUACCUCUAGCUGUUGAAGACGUCUUCCAAACCAUUAAAAGUCGUCCAAAUAAGGAGUUCCUUCUCCGGGUGUCUUACAUGGAAAUCUACAACGAGACUGUGACUGAUCUGCUUGUUGACAGCUGGAAGAGAAAACCCCUUGAAGUCCGAGAGACUAUCAAUAAAAACAUCUAUGUAGCUGACCUGACUGAGGAGCUGGUGACUUCUCCUGCACAAGUUCUGGCCUGGAUUCGUAAAGGAGAAAAGAAUCGUCACUACGGAAAGACUAAAAUGAACCAGAGGAGCAGCCGCUCACACACCAUUUUCCGAAUGAUCCUGGAGAGCCGAGAGAGGAGCGACCCAGCAUCAGGUGAAAAUGCUGAUGGAGCCAUUAUUGUGUCCCAUCUGAAUUUAGUUGAUCUUGCUGGUUCUGAGAGAGCAAGCCAGACAGGAGCUGAAGGUGCACGUUUCAAGGAAGGCUGCAACAUCAAUCGCAGUCUGUUCACACUCGGACAAGUGAUCAAGAAACUAACUGAUGAAAACCAGAAGGGUUUUACAAACUACAGAGACAGUAAACUAACCCGCAUCCUGCAGAACUCAUUGGGUGGGAAUGCUAAAACAGUCAUCAUCUGCACCAUCACUCCUGUCACACUAGAAGAGACACUCAGCACUCUGCAGUUUGCCAGCACUGCAAAGAAAAUGAAGAAUGAUCCUCAUGUCACAGAGGUGUCUGAUGACGGCGCUCUACUCAAACGAUACCGCAAUGAAAUCGUAGACCUUAAGCGGCGCCUUCAGGAGGUUUCUUCAGUCACACAGACCACAGCGACAGAGAAGGAAGUUCUCUCCCAGCUGCUCCAGGAGAAGGAUCAGCUGCAGAGAGAACAAGAGGACAGAAUCAGAAACCUCACCAAACUGAUCGUCACCAGCUCCAACCUGGUUCCUGUCAAACGGAUGCCCAAACGCAGGGUGACGUGGGGAGGGAAGAUGCUACGGCUCGCCCGGCCGUCCGCCUGCGAAGGAGGUCCAUCUGAUCUCAGCUUUGCAGAUCCUUUCUCUCUGAAGAGGAAGGCAGACCGCUCCUGUUUGAUGGAGCUGACUGAAGAUGAUGAGGACUUUGAUCACUGGGGGAUUCCUGAUGAGCCUUCAGAUGACAUGGAGAUGAGUCGGAGCUCUGUUACUACUCGUAGCUUUGGAGACAGUCCCAAAGACUUUGUAUCUCCUGACCGGAUGCAUGAGCUUUCAAGUAAAGUGUCCAACCUGGAGGUGCAGCUAGAAAUGGAAAAUCAGCAGAAAGAGGAGGCCAUGAUAAAGGUGGAAACAUUAAACAGCAGAGUGGCAGAGCUGGAGCAGCAGCUACAAGCAGAGGCUCAGCAGAAACAGGAGGCUUUAGAGAAAAUGCAGAUGUCAGAACAGAGAGCGGCAGAGCUCGACAUCCAGCUACAAGCCGAAGCUCAGCAGAAACAAGACACUGUGGAGAAUGUACAGACAGAAGCUCAGCAGAAACAAGACACUGUGGAGAAUAAUGUACAGACAGAAGCUCAGCAGAAGCUGGAGGCCUUGGAGAAUGUGGAGAUGUUGGAGUUAAGGGUGGCAGACCUGGAGAGACAGCUGGAAGAGCAGACUCGCCUGCAGAGUGAAGCUGAUAAAGAGAUGAGAAAAGAAUUUGAAGAGACCAUCCGGCUUUGUGAGACUCUCGCUGCAGAGAAGGACUUGGUGCUCAGUGAGCGAGAUUAUCUGAAGCAGGAACUGGGGAUGUUCAUAGAGCAGACUGACAGCCUGGAGAAAGAGAAAAAUGUUCUGUCACAGGAGCUGGAGGAGAAGAGAGAGAUGGAGGAGUUCAAAUCUCUGGAGGAGGACUUCAGGAAAGAGCAAGAGACUGAAUUGCAAAAUGAAAUAUCCAGCUUGAAGAAGGCCUUGGAAUCUUCUGAGCUCCAGUGCUUAAAGCUGCAGAAAAAACUAGAAGCUGUGUCUGAGGAGCUGACGAAGAAAACUCAAUUUGCAGAGGAUCUUCAGAGUAUGAACGGUAAGGACUUGGUACAGGAAGUGGCGAAGCUUCGUCGCUCCUUGGAUGACGCCGAGGGUGUCAGCAGAGACACAAAGAAAGAGUGGGCCCACCUACGCAGCCAGAACAUCGCUCUGGAGGAGAUGAAUGUGACUCUGGCUGCCAACCACGACAAGAUGGAGUCCGAGGUGAACGGCUUGCGCUCUCAACUUGCAACAGAGAAAUCACGCUACCAAAAAAUGCAGAUUGAUCUCCAGAAAGAGCUGAACGUCGCAUUUGACGAGAACACCAAGCUGACCACUCUGCUAGAUGGCAAAGUCCCCAAAAAUCUGAUAGAUAGUGUGGAUCUUGAGAGAACAGUGAGCAACCUGAAUAAAGAGCUGGCAGCAUCUCGUGAAGCAGAGGGAGCCUUCAGAGCUCAGCUGGAGGAGCUGGCUUCACUUCAGGCUCUUCCUAAUAAAGUGGACAACCUGAUGAAGCAGGUGUGUGAGCUGACUGAGGAGCUGUGUGCUGUUCAGAGUCAGAGGGAUGACCUGCUGUCAGCCCAAGCUGGAGGCCAGGAAGAGGCUCAGCAGCUCAGAGACUGCCUGCAGACAUCUCAGGAUGAGAUUCUAAGAAUCCAAGCAGAUCUCAGUGCCGCUGCACUGAGGGAAUGUGAGCUGAGUCAGCAGUUUGCUGAUGCCACACAACAGCUGGAAGCACUUCGCUCACACCUGGAGCACUCUGAUGAGGAGAAGAACCAGCUCAUGACUACCAACAAAGAGACUGACUUGAAACUGGAGGAGAGCGAGCAACACAGAGCAUCACUGGAGGAGAAACUGCAGCUGGUGAAGGAUAUGGAGGAGAAGCUUGCUGACAGUGAAGCUUCCAGAGCCACAGAGGAAGAGAUCAGUAAAGAACUCCAAGAACAGCUGAACCAGCUGACUGAAGAGCUUCAGUGCGUGCGAGCAGAGAAAGACGCUCUCCUGUCCGAGCAGAAUGUGUGUGUUCAGAGCUCAGCGGAUGAGACAGAGAAGCUGCUUUCUACUGUCACAUCUCUCACUGCAGAGAGAGACCAGCUCAACAUGCAGUUACAGGAAAAUGUGGAGAUGGCUGCAGAGACUCAAGGUCUUCUCCACUCUCUUCAUGAAGAACUUAAAGAGCAGAAGCAGAAGAAUGCAGAUCUGGUGAAACUCCAUGAGGAGAAGGAACCCGGUCUAGAGAGAAAUGCCAAUGCUCAGAGCUCAGCAGAGGAGACAGAGCUUCUCUCUACAGUCACAUCUGUCACUGAAGAGAGAGACCAGCUCAAGGUGGACCUGCAGGAGAAUGUAGAGAUGAUGAUUGAGAUUCAGGAGGAGCUAAGAGCAGCCCUGGAGAAGAAUCAGGAGCAGAAGGCACAGAUCAAACAGCUGGAGACUGCACAAACAUCCAGCUCAGAUGGAACUCCCAGUGACAUGAGUGGACAACUACUGGAGCUGCAAACACAUAAUCAGAGGCUGACUGAGGAGCUUGAGAGUGUGAGAGCAGACAGAGACAGUCUGCAGCAUGAGAGGACAGCUGAGCCUCAGACUGACAGAGACCAGAUGAAGGAGCUGCUGAGCAGAGUGACUUCUCUCAGUGAGGAGAGAGAUCAGCUGCAGGAGAUACUGGAGGGACUGAGAGAGGAGAAGAAGCAGCUCAGAGCAGAGCUGGAGGACAGGAUGGACAUGGUUGUACAAGCCCACAUUGGCUUCAACCAGCCGGAAAUGCUGAGCUCAGAACUGCAAGCACAAGAUGAGACAGCAACACAACUUCAGCAAGAGAUAGAGAAACUCCAGGCUACUCUACAGACCGUCAGUGAGCAGAAGAGCCAGGUGGAAGCUGAACUACAGCGUAACAUAGAGAUGGCUGCAGAGACUCAAACCCUUCUACAUUCACUUCAAGAGCAGCUCCGAGUGGAGAGUGAAAGAAACCUCCAACUGGAAAGAUUAGGUCAAGAGCAGCAAGCUCAGCUACAACAGGCUGUAGAGACUCAAAGUCUUCUACAUUCUCUCCAAGAGGAGCUCCAAGAGCAAAAACAAAAGAACUCUGAUCUGGUGGAACUCAAUCAGAAGGAAUGUGAUUUAGAGCAACAUAUGAAGACUCUAACUGAAGAGCUUGAAAGUGUGCGAGCUGAGAGGGAUUCUCUGUUGUUUGAGAAGGAAUCCAGCUGUUCAACAUCCUCAGAAGAGAUGAAGGAGCUGCUGAGCAGAGUGACUUCUCUCAGUGAGGAGAGAGAUCAGCUGCAGGAGAUACUGGAGGGACUGAGAGAGGAGAAGAAGCAGCUCAGAGCAGAGCUGGAGGACAGGAUGGACACACUACAAACUGAGAUGAGGACUUUAACAGACAAACUGCAGAGUGUGGAAGCAGAAAGAGACAGUCUGCUCUCUGAGAAGGAAUCCAACUGUUCAACAUCCACAGAGGAGAUGAAGGAGCUGCUGAGCAGAGUGACUUCUCUCAGUGAGGAGAGAGAUCAGCUGCAGGAGAUACUGGAGGGACUGAGAGAUGAGAAGAAGCAGCUCAGAGCAGAGCUGGAGGACAACAUGGACACACUACAAACUGAGAUGAGGACUUUAACAGACAAACUGCAGAGUGUGGAAGCAGAAAGAGACAGUCUGCUCUCUGAGAAGGAAUCCAACUGUUCAACAUCCACAGAGGAGAUGAAGGAGCUGCUGAGCAGAGUGACUUCUCUCAGUGAGGAGAGAGAUCAGCUGCAGGAGAUACUGGAGGGACUGAGAGAUGAGAAGAAGCAGCUCAGAGCAGAGCUGGAGGACAACAUGGACACACUACAAACUGAGAUGAGGACUUUAACAGACAAACUGCAGCGUUUGGAAGCAGAGAGAGACAGUCUGCUCUCUGAGAAGGAAUCCAGCUGUUCAACAUCCACAGAGGAGAUGAAGGAUCUGCUGAGCAGAGUGACUUCUCUCAGUGAGGAGAGAGAUCAGCUGCAGGAGAUACUGGAGGGACUGAGAGAGGAGAAGAAGCAGCUCAGAGCAGAGCUGGAGGACAGGAUGGACACGUAUUUGGAGGUUUUCAUUUUAAAUUUUUUAAUUAUUUUCCAAUUUUUGCUUCAACAGAUUGUACAGCUGAACACAUCUCUACAGACUGUUACUGAGCACAAGAGACAGCUGGAAGAUGAUCUGCAGCACAGCAUGGACAUGGCUUCCACAACUGAAGACCUUUUAAAGUCAGUCCAGGAGGAGCUGCGUGAACAGAAGCAGAUGAACUCUGACCUGCAGAGACUGAGUCAGGAGAAGGAGUGUCAUUUAGACCAACAGAUGAGGACUUUAACAGACAAACUGCAGAGUGUGGAAGCAGAGAGAGACAGUCUGCUCUCUGAGAAGGAAUCCAGCUGUUCAACAUCCUCAGAGCAGAUGAAGGAGCUGCUGAGCAGAGUGACUUCUCUCAGUGAGGAGAGAGAUCAGCUGCAGGAGAUACUGGAGGGACUGAGAGAGGAGAAGAAGCAGCUCAGAGCAGAGCUGGAGGACAGGAUGGACACACUACAAACUGAGAUGAGGACUUUAACAGACAAACUGCAGAGUGUGGAAGCAGAGAGAGACAGUCUGCUCUCUGAGAAGGAAUCCAGCUGUCAGACAUCCACAGAGGAGAUGAAGGAGCUGCUGAGUAGAGUGACUGCUCUCAGUGAGGAGAGAGAUCAGCUGCAGGAGAUACUGGAGGGACUGAGAGAUGAGAAGAAGCAGCUCAGAGCAGAGCUGGAGGACAACAUGGACACGGUACAUUUGUGCUAUUAUAAAACCUUUGCCAUCCAGGAGAAGCUGAGCGAGCAGGAGCAGAUAAAUGUUCAGCAGCAGGCUGAGAGAGGAGAACGAGAGGGCAGGCUUCAACAGGAAGUGCAGCAGCUGGAAGAACAACUGAAGACAUUCAGAGAGAAGCAAACCCUCGAUAAAGCUGAAGCAGAUGCCUCACAGCAGUCGCUCAGUGAUGCGAACACAACCCUCACAUCCAUCAAAGAGACGACAUCAUCACGGCUGCAGGAGUCCACUCUGCAGCUCCAGGAGUCCUUCAAUAGAUUCCAGCACUUUAGAGACCUCUGCUCCAAGAAUAACCCCAGAGCUCUGAGAGUGCAGAGCUCCCUGAACCCUCAAGAUUUAACCUCCCUUCCUAAACCCACCAUGAAGACCUACAGCACCAUCCGUCAGCUGGAACUUCAAACUGCUCAGAUUCUGGGAAAUAUUAGUCAACACCUGCAGGUGCGUGCUCAGGGCUACAGGAAUCUGUUUGAGGAGCUGGUGAAGAAAGACUUGGCUGUGUUUGAGGAGAGGCGUCUGCAGGAUGUGCUGCUGUGCAGAGCUCAGGCACCCAGCUACUCCAUCAAAGAAGAAGAUUUCAGCCCACUGUGGGAAGUUUGGGAACACAGAGUGACUGAGCUGCUGGAGAAGAGACAGGACUACCUUCAGAAAAUAGGCAGCAUUCUGGAGAAGCUCUGGGCCAACAUGGCUUCUUACCCCACCGAGCUGUCAGCUGAGAUGAAAGAGAGGGAGAAGUUCAAGGAGCAGUUUCAGGCAGAGUGCGCCAAGCAGCCAAUCAGCUUCAGCAGCCUGGACAGCAUCCUGAGUUGUUAUCUGAACCGCAUAACUGUAGUGGCCCAGCGCUGGAAGAUGACUCAGCAGAGCAUCAUAGAUGAGCAGCACGGUCUGUGUGAGGAGGUGAAGCAGCUGGAGGCUCAGGCUUAUUCUCAGUUGACAGAGGAGAGGAGCAAGAACUUCACUCUGCAGCAGGCUCUGCAGGGAGCUCCACUGAAGACUGAGCUGUCCCUGCUCAAAGACAUCCAGCAACUCUCUCUGCAGCUCCAACAAGCUGAGGAGAAAGUUAAAGCUCUGUGUGUACAGAAUGAGCAGCUGGAAGAGGCUGAGAUCAAAGCCAACAGCAGAGUGUCCAACCACAAACAGGCCACACAGCUGCUGCAGACUGAACUGCAGGACAGCCGCGCACAAGUUGACGAGCAUGAAACCACCAUCCAAUGCCUCAAGAGCAAACUGAGAGAGUCUGAGAAAACUCCAUCCAGUAUUGAGCUGGAAAAACUGCGGACUAAACUGUUCAAAAUGGAGAUGGAGCUGAGUUCAUCAUCUGAUCAACACAAACAAGAGAUCCAGAGGGUGACCACAGUGCUGAAUGAAAAGGAAGAGUCACUGAGGAAGCUGAAGGAAACCCUGAGGAAGUCACAGCAGCAGGGAGAGGACUCAUUCCUGCAGGGUGAAGACCUUCAUGCCAGGCUGACUAACCCCAGAGGUCUGCUGAUCAAGAGCAGCGUUCACCUGGAGAAGACCAAACUGGAGGAUGAAGUCAGACAGCUUCAACUGAAGAUAAGCGAGCUGGAGAGCUUGGUGUCCAGUCAGCACGCAGAGAUCGACAAGUGGAAGAGCAGAGCCAUCAAGCUGAAGACCAAGACCAAGGUGGAGCUGGACAGGCCUCCAUCACCCUGUACUCCCACCAAGAGGGGCCUUCCCAUGACCUCAGACUCCUCCAACUUCCUCAACUCACCCAAAAAGUUUCUGGUUACUCCCAAGAAAGUCCUGGACUCUCCUAGGAAGCGGCUGGAUUCUCCAAAGGUCUCUCUGCAAGACUCUCCCAAAAGCAGAUUCUUCGAUGUAGGUGGAAGCUCUGAGCUGCUGUCCAGAAGCUAUCCCAAACAGUUCUUUGAUAACUCCAACCUAGGGAUCAUUCCAGAUGCAGCAGCUGGUGGAGACAGACAGGAGUUGUGGCCUCAGUCUCCAAAACAAGAGGAGAUGUGUAAACAACAGUGAAGAUUUCCAC